CGAACGCCUCUAGCAUGGGCAGCCGAACGAUCCGCCGUGCAUGCAGCUCGAGUCCUGCUUGACGCAGGAGCUAAUGUCAAUCAUGUCGAUUAUCUGGGCUGCACACCACUAUCAUAUGCCGCAGGAAUUGGAAAUCCCGAAAUACAGCUUUUACUUCAGAGAGGAGCAAAGUUCGACAAAAAACCGCGACGCUAUCAUCGGAUUUUCCUGACUCAUGAUGUUGCUCUAGUAGCUGCGAUAAAGGAUCGUCUAACCUUUGACAAUAUCUCGUGCAAUGGGCGAGGACACAAACAAAAGGAUUUUGUUCAGAAGCUCGAGGAGAAAUCUCCUUUAAGCAGAAGCGCGUCACUGCUUUUGGCGUCGCGUGAGGGCAAUCUGGCCGAUGUCAAGCGUUUGUUGAACGACGGUGCGAAUUCUGAUUAUGGAGACCCGCCCUGGGGCAGGUCUCCUCUUUCUCAAGCAGCCGAGUAUAACGAGACUGCUGUCAUUAAUCAUUUGCUAGAGAGUGGUGCCUGCCCAGAUAUGCUCGACACAAAUGGAUAUGCAGAUUCGCGAAACAACGCGGACAGAACUCCUCUGAUGUGGACCAUCACAAACGGUCAUGCCGGGCCAUUCAGUGCCCUUUUGAAGCACAACACAGAUCAAAACAAGGCAGGCGAGGACAAAAUUAACGGAGGGGCUCUCCAUUGGGUUGCUGAACGUGGUCGUACUGAGAUGAUAAAGAUUCUGCUGGAGAAGUAUCCUCCGAUUGACGUUCGUGACAGCCAUCAUCAGACCUCUCUCCAGGGCCACAGAAAAGGGUCCUUUACAGCCAGUCAGACUUCUGUUGGAACACGGGGCCGAUCCGAAAUUGGCCGAUAA